AGAAAAGAAAGAAGAAGCAGCUCCGAGCUUGCGCAUGCGCACGUUAGUCUUCGAUUGUUUCCUUGUUAUUGCAGGUAGUUCUAUGCUGUAGCCGCGUUAAUUUCUUCGUUUCUUGAGAGGCACUAGAUGAAAUAAUGACCUCCCAAGACGCCGAAAGCAAAGACAUGGAGGUCAACGUCUUGGACGAACUCCUGGAGAAUGCCGACGACGACGAUCUGGCGGCGGAGUUAAAUAAUGAAGAGAAAAAAGUUGGCAAACGGCUGCCUUCGACACCCAGCACACCGCCGUCCACAAAGGCCUCCGUAGCUGCUGCCGCUAAAAAGACCUCCGCUACUACUAAGAGUUCCGCCGCUUCUAAGCCCGUCAAGAGGGUCGCUUCAACCGACAAGACCUCUUCGCAGAAGAAAGCCCUGCCUCCCCCAAAAGCUCCUCCGGCAAAGCCUGCCGCUGCGGCGCCCAAGAAGAAGCCUCCUGCCAGCGUGCCUGCCGGUUCGUCCUCGGCCGCGCCUGCCGCUACUGCGUCGGCUUCUUCUUCCUCAAGUUCCACGUCGGCUCAAUCCAAGACUAGCCCAGCCCAGCCAAAGUUGGUCAAAAAGAUACCGCAGACAAAGAUUGCAACCAAGUCUCCAGCAACUGCCGAGAAGCCAGUAGUGAUGAAAGCCAAGCCGGUGGUGUCGGCUACGGGAGAGCCGAAGCUGUCAGCGGAAGACCUCUUGAAAGACGAAGCCGCUCAGAAAGGAAUGGCGAUUAAGAAGACAGUAGCGAAAAAGAUACCAACCACACAUCAAACACAGAACAAGCCAGUCAAAAAGCCUGUGGCGCCACCAAAGGCAGCUGCCCCAAAAGUCUCCGAGACUACUGCAUCUGCAACAAAGGCAAAGCCUGAGAAGGUGGCUGUCACGGCUCCAAAGCCAGCUCCAGUCUCGCCGAUCGUCGUCGUGGCCUCAAACAAGAUGCACGUGCCCGACGAAGACCCGGAUCGACUUCACGUGACGCCCACCGCGGAGGAGUUGCAGGUGGCGGAAGAGCCCCUUCCGCUGCCGCCUGUGGUUGGCGGAGGAAGCUCCCUGUCUAGCAUGCACACACGCCCUCUGGACCCACUCUCGAGCUUCGUCAUGGGUGGCAGCUCGAGUCAUGUGAGCGGCAUCCCCGAGGUCCGAGGGGGCGGACGUACCUCGGCCAACCCGAGCUUCGACGGCCGAAGUGACAUUUCGUCUUCCGGCCACGAGAGCUGCUCGUGCAGCCUCGGCUCGAGCACUUCGAGGUCGCGGUCGGUGUCCAGGUCUAGGUCACGCUCCAGGUCGCAGUCCUACAGCGUGUCUUCAUCGGCGGCUUCAGAACCGGGUGACCGUUCGCCGAGGCACCACGUCUCUCGCAAGAGGCGUCAUUCUCCAAUCAUCUACGACAGAAAGAACAGAAGCGUGGAAAGAACUCCAAAGCGGCCACGAGUUUCUUCAUCUGUUGGAAGACGAG